UACGAAAAAAAAAAGUAACAAAAUCUUUGCCGUGCAUGCAUAUUAAACUAUCUGCAUAUAUGUAAACGUGUUCGCGUGUUCACGUAACUAUUUACUAUACAACUCCUUGCCUUGCCUUGCCUUGCCUUGCCUUUAUUGAAAGUCAUUAUCAAUAACUUUAACUCGAUUGUUGUUACGCGGUGUUGUUGCUAUUGUUAUUGUUGUUAUUGCGGAUCUUAACAACAUGUCAACAAGAUUACGUUCAUAUCUGCUGGCUGAGCCAGUUCGUUUAGCUUUGCUAUUAUAUGCUCUGCUGUGCUGUGCAAUGCUAGUGAAUGGCGCAGCUGAAAAUAACUGCAAGCGAGUCAAAGAAAAGUUGCCCACCUUACCAAAAUUAGACACAUUUUCGACGUACGAGCAAAUGCAACAUUAUUUUGAUCAGCGUAGCCAAAGAAGUCUUAAGGUGUUGUAUAACCCAACGCAAGACAGUUACAUUGAAGCUUUUAAUCACCACAACGAGCAGGGUGCACGUAGAAUACGUCGUUCACCUGACGAAUUAAACAAAUUGACCAAAGAACCCACUUUAAUCAAAUUUGAAAUAAGUGAUGCUGUCGAACCAAGCGAGGAAGUUAAGGAGUUGAUACGUAAAUACAGAAGCCAAGAAUUUCAAAAUGAAAAGAACUCUGAUUUGAAAAAAGAGAGCGCUAAGGAGCUAACUAAUGUUUCGCGAAAAAAACGUUCAACUAAGAUUAAGGAACCAUCAAAUUUUCAAGUGAAAUUUAUUCCUUUUGAUAUAACAGAUGCUCGGGAGCCUGAUGAUAAUACGAAAGCAUUAAUAAAACGAAUGCGCGCCUAUGAAAUUGAAAAAGUUAAAGGUAUUGAAGAAGACCAAACAUUGACAUCAACUCCAUCUUUCAUUGACGUCACCCCUUUCAGCAGCAAAACGACAACGAAAGCACACAAGUAUAGAAAGAUGAAGAAAAAUAAACGAUUGCGUCGGUCGGCGCCUGAAAUGAUUAAGUUUGAGAUAUCUGAUGCCAAAGACUCAAAUCCAAUGUUAAAAGCUGUUUAUCCCAAAUACGAACCCAAAACGAGAUUUUUAGAUCACUCUUCUGCUCAUAUAAACGAGGACAAAGCGAAUAUUGCGGCUAGUGAGCGUUUCUUUACCGUUAAAGAGUCCCCUAUAAAAGUUAAAAAGUCCGUAUCAGCAAUGCCACAUGAAGUACAACAUAUUAUUACAAAUAUUUUACAUGAAAAUCAAGGGGGUUUGGGAGCUGCUUACGGGAAAGCUAAUGUGAAAUACAUAGCAGGGCCGGCAGCUGCUUACGUGGCGCCUAAAUUGCUACAGGCUGGAUAUGGCCACGGAUAUGGCGGUGGCGGCGGUAGUGGUGGUGGUGGCGGCUAUGUUAAAUUUUUGCAGCCUCAAUUACAAAUUCAGCCAGUCCCAGUGCAUUACGUUUAUGCCCCACUGAAUUUAGCUGGGGGUGGCGGCGGCCAAGGUGGCGGUCAAGGGGGUGGUCAUGGUGGUGGAAGUGGAGGAUAUGGUGCAGGACAAGGAGGCGGUCACGGUGGUGGGGGAUAUGGUGCAGGGGAAGGAGAUAAUGGGGGUGGAGGAUACGGAGGAGGACAAGGCGGUGGUGCAGGAAAAGGCGGCGGUGCACAACAAGGCGGUUACGGAGGCGGGGCAUAUGGUUCAGGACAAGGUGGUCAUGGCGGUGGUGGUUCUGGUGCAGGACAAGGAGGUCAUGGGGGUGGAGGAUACGGAGGAGGACAAGGAGGUGGUGCAGGAAAAGGCGGUUACGGAGGUGGGGGAUAUGGUGCAGGGCAAGGAGAUAAUGGAGGUGGAGGAUACGGAGGAGGACAAGGAGGUGGUGCAGGAAAAGGCGGCGGUGCAGGAAAAGGCGGCGGUGCAGGACAAGGCGGUUACGGAGGUGGGGGAUAUGGUGCAGGGCAAGGAGAUCAUGAGGGUGGAGGAUACGGAGGAGGACAAGGCGGUGGUGCAGGAAAAGGCGGCGGUGCAGAACAAGGCGGUUACGGAGGCGGGGGAUAUGGUGCAGGACAAAGUGGUCACGGCGGUGGUGGUUCUGGUGCAGGACAAGGCGGGCAUGCAGGUGGAGGAUACGGAGGAGGACAAGGCGGCGGUGCUGGAAAAGGUGGAGGCGCAGGCGGUUACGGGGGUGGAGGAUAUGGGGCAGGGCAAGCCGGCGGAAAAGGUGGUUAUGGUAGUGACGGAGGAGGGGGUGGUGGGCAGUAUCAAGGUAAAAUGGGGGGUGGCGGUGGUGGUGGUGGUGGUGGCAGUGUCUACGUUGGUGGCGACAAGCAAUAUGGCGCAGCAUAUGGUGGCGGCUAUGAAUUAGUUGCCGUUCAAGGUCAACAGGCGCACGCUGCUGGUGCACUUAUACAUGAGGUUUCAAAUAAUGUGGCAGAUUACGGCAGUCAUGGCGCCGUGGUCGCUGACAUUGGUGGUGGUGGUGGCGGCGAUUAUGGCGCACACGAGAUUGAAGUAGCCCCUGCUGCCGUUGUGGAAGAGUCUCAUGGCGAAGCAAUAGUAGCCCAAGUUGCACCGGCUGUUGAAGCUCAUGCCGUGGCUGUCGCCCAACCAGAACCGGUGGCAGCGGUGGAUUAUCAAGCUGCGAAAGUUGGGGGAGGCAUUGGUGGCGCGCAAUUUGCCCCUAAGGUUGAACCUACAGUUGAACAAUAUUCGAAGAGUCCAUCGCAAGAGUUCAAACUUAAAUUGUAUUCCCCGGAGGCAGCGUUUGUUAGAACUCAAAUAGAAGCGAAAUAUGCUGCAGAAGAAGCUGUUCAGAAAGCCGCAGCGGCCGCAACUUACGGCUACGGAGCAGGUGGUCAUGGUGGUUAUGGAUUUGGUGCUGGAAGCGGAGAAGGUGCGGGUGCUGGUGGUCUAAUCAAAGUUGAAUACCAUGCUCCUACCGCUGCUGUUAAAGAGAAUUACAAAAACUCCCUCGAGUUUCAAGAGCUGUCUUCACUGCAACAACAAAAAUUGGUCGCCGCCGAUGUUCAAGCGAGUACAGCUCCCGUAGUGUUUGAUUCGCAGGAGGAACAAAAUGAUGGAUACCUUGCUGGUGGAAAAGGUGCUGGGGUCGCAGCAGAAGCAGCAGCCCAUGUAAUAGUAGGCGGGCAAGCGAACAAAUUUAUAGGUAUGGGUAAAUCUCAACAAUAUGUACCGAUUGGUGAAACUGAAGUUGCCAGUCUAAAAUCCGGUGGUGGCCUUCAGUCAUAUGGUUCUGGCUACGGUCUUUCACCUAAUUACGCUUACACCGCUGGUAAGGGUGGGGGAGGAUUAAAAGGAGGAGGUGGGCUUAACCUUUACGGGGCGGCAUACGGUGGUUUGUCGCCGAAUUAUGGAUAUAGUUCUGGCGGAAAAGCAGGAGCUUUCGAGAAUGGUGUUGCACUGAAAGGGGGAUUGCUCAAAGGGGGUGCCCUAGGCGCUGGUCUAAGCGAUCUUGGUAUCAAUGACAUACAAAAGUUGGAACAAUAUGCCUCACGUUAUGCAUUUGGUUAUCGUAUACGUGAUUUUAAUACCGGCAAUGAUUUUGGCCACAAGCAAAAUCGUGAUGUCGACGGCGUGACACGAGGUCAAUACCAUAUUUUAUUACCGGAUGGUCGUGUACAAAAUGUCAUUUAUAAAGCCGAUGAUACAGGAUUUCAUGCGGAUGUCACUUUCGAAACAGGACAUUAAAGCACUAACACUAAUAAAAUAACACAAAAAAUUUUGCCGCAUUAGAAGUAAUUUUAAUAUAUGCAAUAAACUGU